AGUCGAGCACAGAGUUGCGUUCUGGGCAGUGAAAACCUUUAGGUCCACUCUACAUGCUGAUCCACACAGCAGCAGCAGCGAAGGUGGAGGUCGGACAGGACAGACAUUCAACCCGCACUGCUACAGCAUAUUGAUUAUCUGUAUUUUGUCAGCUGUCAGCAUGGUGGUGUGACUGUCAGUCAUUUUGUGUGUUUUGGUUUUCCUGUUUUCAGACUCCAGUGACUGUAUUGGAAACCAACUGAAAAAAGGUAAGACUUGGAAUGAUCGAGCUAGGCCUCGCUGAUGGCAGCCUGAUUGACGAGCUGAUGGAACUGACAGCACAGAGCCUUGGUCACCUGGAGAUCCAGGAACACUUCAACAUCAUCAAGGAGAUCGGCCGAGGGAAAUACGGCAAAGUGCUGCUGGUCACGCAUCGCUUCAGGGGGACUCCCAUGGCCUUGAAAGUGAUGCCCAAAGCCUCGACUAAGCUGCAGGGCUUUCUGCGAGAGUACUGCAUCUCCUUACACCUGUCCUGUCACCCCUGCAUCGUGGGCCUCUUUGGCAUUGCCUUCCAGUCUAAUGAGCACUACUGCUUUGCCCAAGAGCUUGUCAUUGGGAGGGACCUGUUUGCUGUCAUCCAGCCAAAGGUGGGUAUCCCGGAAUCUUCGGUAAAGCGUUGUGUCCUCCAGAUCGCCAGUGCUUUGGAGUUCAUCCACAGCCAUGGCCUGGUCCACCGUGAUGUCAAGCCUGAAAACAUCCUCCUGUUGGACAAUCACUGCUGCCAGGUCAAGCUGGCAGACUUUGGUCUGGCCCAGAAGAGAGGCACUCUAAUACGCUUCAUCACAGGAACCCUGCCGUACAUGGCCCCGGAGCUUUGCACCGUAGCCCUGAUGGAGGGCCAAAAAGAAGUGACCGCCCCUCCGCUUAGUGUGGAGCCAAGCCUGGACACCUGGGCCUUUGGGGUGGUCAUCUUCUGCAUCCUUACAGGUUACUUCCCCUGGGAGUGCUGCAUGGACUCGGAUGACUUCUACCAGGAGUUUGCAGACUGGUGCAGAAUGGAGGAGAGACCUAACACUGAGGAGGACAUGCCUCCUUUGUGGAAAAGGUUCACUCCAGAAGCCAUGGAGAUGUUUGGUAAACUCCUGGCUCUAGAUGCAGGAAAGCGGUGUACAGUGGGGGAAGUGAGAGCUUAUGUGGAGAAGGACUGGAUUAAAAAGGAACAUGGGAUUGGGCAGCAGCAGACAGCAGAAAACGAAAAAGUUAGUGCCUCUGGGAAUAAUCCUGGGCAUGGGGAAGUGGAUACUUAGUAAAAGACUGCUCUUCUAUAUAAUCUAUAGCUUUUGUAUGCCUUGACAGAAUGUAGAAUAUGCAAUAUAGACAUUAAAUCCUAGUUGCCUGGUAUGAGGCAUGUGAUUUGCAGUGAUGUCACAUAUGGUUUUUACAUCAUAUAGAAGGGUGACGCAUUAUUCUAAAGCUUGUGUCCUAGAGUAUAUUUAAAAGACCGUUUGAAAGCAACAUAAUCAAGGAGUCUACAGAUAUUGGAGUUCCUGUCUUUACUUAAAGGACUAGUGUGUAGGAUUUAGGAGGCUCUGUUGGCAGAAAUGGAAUGGAAUAUGAUAUUCAUAGGUAUGCUGUCAUUAGUGUAUAACUGAAAAUAAGAAUCAUUGUGUUUUCGUUACUUUGAAAUGAAUCGUUUUUAUAUACACGCUUGGAAGGCGAAGGGUAUUCAGUUUGCAUGCAAUCUGCAACUUCACUGAGAUACCACUAAAUCCUAUACACUGGUCCUUUAGGUGAAAGUCCUGCAUUCAAAAUGUUACUUGUGUAAAAGUACAUCAGUGUUAUACGCAGAAUUACAACUCAAUUAACACAUUCAUUAAUUAAUAUACUGAUAUGAUACAAAAUGUUAUGAUUUGUAAAGAUAGAGCUGAUUUUAAUUAGUUUAUACUUAAAGUACAAUGUCAGCUAAGGUGGACCCUUAUUACCUAAUCUCUGUGGCCUUGUUUUGUAGAGGGGCCUUGAGUCAAAAUGUAGUUGUAGUUUACACUGCACUCAAAUGGGACCAGGCAGUACUUUUCAGCAAAGCAGUACUGGUUGGUCUCUGGGUCUUGGGUAUGUAAUGAAGGAGGGGAGCAACAGGGGCCCAAAAACAACAGACCUGUUAGGGGCCUCGGUGCUCUCUAACAGGUCAGUUGUUAUCAAUGCAUUAUUAUUAGUUAAUAAUAAGGCAUCAUAUCUUAUAGAUAAUUAUAUGUUUUAAAUGUCAAAAUCUUGACCCACAAAGUAACUGCAGCUGUCAGCAAUAGGUACAAUAUGUCCCUCUUGAAUGUAGUAAAAGUAUAAAGUAGCAUCAAAUGUGAAUACUACUAAGUAGAGUACAAGUAUCUAUCUAAUCUAAAAUUGUACUUACGGGGGCACAUAUCAGGGUCAGUUUACUCAUCACAGUUCUACUCGGCCUGUGAAAACAGUAGUAUAUUGUGGUCUGUGGCUCUGGAGGGAGCUUUCCAAAGUUUGAGAAGUAAAGUAAAGUAUGAUGUGAUCGGGUUUAUGUGGAUUAAGUUUUCACCUUUAAACUUUUAACAAAAAGCCUGUGUUACAAACUCCACACAUGGAGUGCAACAGGCAGUUGCAUUAUGGGAAUGUAGAAUUCAAUGUUUUUAGAGCUUGAUCCAUAUUCAGGACUAAAAGUAGGGACCGUUCUUUAAAAUCUGUAUCUUGUAAGUCCACAUUUAUGGAAGUGGGCUUUUUUAAGCAUCAGGUUUAUGAACUAUUUUUGUUUCUUGUCUUUAUUUUUUUGUAUUUUUUUUUUUUAGUUAUCCAGUCUAAAGUUCUGCUCAAGUCGGUGAAACUUUAUUUUUGUUUCAGCAGUUCAAAAAAUAUGUUGUUUUGCAGCUCAUGGCAGCACAUGAACCCUUCAUAUUUUGCACUGUUACUUUAAAGCUAUGCGUAAUGAAAAGUACAUAGUAAAAUAUAAACCUUUUUACCAGUGUUCAGAAUGAUUUACAUGUAUGCAGUACUGAAUAGUACAGCAGUGUGAACUUGUACUGGUGUAGAGUAAGUAAUACAGGUUUUUGUGGACAGCAGUUAGUGUUUUCAGAUAUCUCCAAGCACCGUGCAGCACGUUUGUUUUACAGCCUAACAUUAUCUGGAGUGAAACUGCAGUUCUUUUAAGGGCUCUCCUCUGUUGCUGCAUAUAACUUAUAACAACUCAUAAAUAUAGUUUAGACUUUGAACUGUGGAUUGUUUAUUUAGAUCAUUUACAUUACUAACUUUGAUACAUACGUUAUGUAUAAUUUGAUGUCUUUUUUUUGUGGAAUUAACGUGUUCAUAAAUGACAAGAGUUCACUGAUAACUUUUGUCCUCAACUGCAACAAAUCUAACCGUCUGACAUUUGGUAUAGAUGCUUUUUGUUAUAUUUUGUUAAAUUGUAACAUAACACACAAUUAUUAUUAUUUUUUUUAAACUCCUUAGUAUACCUACCUGUUACAAAAUCGAAAAAAUCAAAGAUUGAAUUACAAUAUAUACAUAAAUAAUACAUAUAUUACAAGUCAGUGUUGCACAGUGUGCACAGGUGACGCCAUCUCCCUUACACAGUUGUAUAUGAUGCUGUGAGAGAUUGCAGAUGGAAAAUAAAAAUAAAAAACGGUCUUGCUUUUUUCAUCCACUCUCUUGGGCAAAUAUCAUAUUACCCUCUUUAAAGUUAGAUCCUUGACCUAUGUCAGAUGUCUGUCUAAACCCCCUUUCACUGACCUUCUUUAGCUUCUUUACACUGAAUAAUCUCUGCCACAGCUGGCUCUCCACUGAUGGAUGUCCUGCUUUUGUUUGGGCAUAUAGGAUGCCACAGGUGCUUUCAGGACAAGAAGCGUCACCCCCUGAGAGGGCAGACCCAAACUUGGCCCGGGCCCCUGAACCUGCUCGAUAGAACGUAUUUAGGGCAUUGCACUAACCAGGGUCAUCUUUCAGCUGACACCUGGGCCCAACGGCACAUCCAGACCUGUCAUACAAACACUAAUACAGCCACAGUAAAUCCAAUCGCAAAGCCUGUGUUGGCAUUUGACUCACCAGCUAUCUGUGUUGGCGUUCCCACACAUAGCAGACCCAGUGUUUAAAAAGAUUAAAAUAAUGUUUUGCAUGCCUAUUCUGUGUAACAAGGCAUUUACAACCGAAGUAUAUAUUUUUAAGUUUUUCAAUGCAGAUUUUUUGCAUAUGAGUGAGAGAUUGUGCUUUUCUGUCGAAUCUAACAGUACAAACUCAAGCUAAACUGAUAAGCAGAGUAUAAUUUCCAGGAAACUAUAUCUACACCAGAAUCAUAAGUCUUAUUGUCACAUGAUUUCCUUCGCCUGCCAAAUAAAGAUCGCUUCGUGCUGUUAUGAACGA